UGCAGCUGCUUCUCCUCCCCGGUCCACCAAAACACACGGGAGCGAUGGAGGAAGAGUUAAAAUGCCCGGUUUGCGGUUCUCUUUUCAAGGACCCCAUCCUGCUGCCGUGCUCCCACAAUGUCUGCCUGGCCUGCGCCCGGAACAUCACCGUGCAGACUCCGGACGGAGAGACCCCGGUGCAGAGCCGAGCCUCGUCCGACUACGACUACCUGGACAUGGACAAGAUGAGCCUGUACAGCGAGACUGACAGCGGGUACGGAUCCUACACUCCGUGCCAGCUCAAGUCUCCAAACGGGGUGCGGGUGUUUCCUCCGGCCAACCACCACCGACACUGCUCCCUCACCUGCCCGCUGUGCCACCGGAGCGUCUCCCUGGACGAGAGGGGGCUCCGGGGUUUCCCUCGGAACCGGCUGCUGGAGGCCAUCACCGCGCGGUACCAGCAGAACCGCCGCGUUGCUUCUACCGGGUCCGCAUCCACCGCGGUGAAGUGCCAGCUGUGCGACCGCAACCCGGUGGACGCGACGGUGAUGUGCGAGCAGUGCGACGUGUAUUACUGUAACGCCUGCCAGCAGCGGUGCCACCCGUCCCGCGGUCCGCUCGCCAAGCACCGCCUGGUUCCGCCGCCGAACCGAGCGGCAGGAGGAGGCGGUGCGGCGAGCGUCGGUCAGCUGCCGCCCGCCACCGCGCGGAAACCAGCGACGUGCGUGGAUCACGAAGCGGAAAACUUCAACAUGUACUGCUACAGCUGCAAGGCUCCGGUGUGUAUGAAGUGUUUGGAGGAGGGAAAACACGCCAAACACGACGUUAAACCGCUGGCUGUGAUGUGGAAACAACACAAGUGCCAGAUCUCCCAGGCCCUGAACGGCGUCUCCGACAAAGCUAAAGAUGCCAAGGAGUUCCUGGUCCAACUGAAGAACAUGCUGCAGCAGAUACAGGAGAACGGCGUGGAGUUCGAAGCCUGCCUCGUGGCUCAGUGCGACUCUCUGAUCGAGGCGCUCACCAGACAGAAAGCCAAACUGCUCACCAAAGUCACCAAGGAGAAGGAGUACAAGCUCAAGGUGGUGCGUGACCAGAUCACCCACUGCACCAUGAAGCUACGUCAGACCACCGGCAUGAUGGAGUUCUGCCUGGAGGUCCUGAAAGAGAACGACCCCAGUGGAUUCCUCCAGAUUUCAGACCCUCUGAUCAAGCGGGUCACAUCCUCUCAGGACCAGUGGGUGAAAGGGGCCCUGGAGCCCAAAGUAGGCUCCGAGUUUGACCUCACCCUCAACACCGACUCGCUGCUGCAGACCAUCCUGCAGCUGGACUUCUGCCAGGGCAAAGAUGUGCAGGAGAGUCCGUUAUUUAUACAAAUGCAGGCAGCAGACAGUGGUGAGGCUGAGAUGGAGGCAGAGACAGAAAGCCCCGGAGUGGAGUCUGGCCCCUCGGUGCCGGCGGCCCCUUUCCUGCAGCUGGAGAAGUGCUGUACCAGGGACAACAGCGCCACCCUGGCCUGGAGGGUGACUGUGCCAUCCCCCAGCCCCAUCGAGGGCUACAUCCUGGAGCUGGACGACGGCAACGGGGGACAGUACAGGGAGGUGUAUGUGGGGAAGGAGACGGUGUGCACAGUGGACGGCCUCCACUUCAACAGCUCCUACAACGCCCGGGUGAAAGCAUACAACGCCGUCGGUGUCGGGCCAUACAGCAAGACCGUGGUGCUCAAGACCUCUGAUGUGGCCUGGUUCACCUUUGACCCGACCACAGCUCAUCGGGACAUCGUUCUGACAAAUGACAACCAGACGGUCAGCUGCAGCAGCUACGACGACCGCGUGGUGCUGGGAACCGCCGCCUUCUCCAAAGGCAUCCACUACUGGGAGGUCCGCGUCGAUCGCUACGACAACCACCCGGACCCUGCGUUUGGCAUCGCGCGGAUCAACACGAUGAAGGACAUGAUGCUGGGGAAGGACGACAAGGCGUGGGCCAUGUACGUGGACAACAACCGCUCCUGGUUCAUGCACAACAACUCCCACACCAACAGGGCGGAGGGAGGCAUCGCUAAGGGCUCCACUGUGGGUAUCCUGCUGGAUCUGAACCAUCACACUCUGACCUUCUACAUCAACAAGGUGCAGCACGGACCCACCGCCUUCGAGAGCCUGGACGGGGUCUUCGUCCCCGCCGUCAGCCUCAACAGAAACGUGCAGGCGACCAUACUGACGGGCCUGGAGGUGCCAAAAAAUUCAAAGCAGUAGGACCCCCCCCCCCCCACAGCGAGGCCUGGAUUUACAACAACCAUGUCACAGGCGUUCGCUCCUACAUGGACCCUUUUUUGAGUCACAUCAGAUGAGAUUCACCCCAGUCCAUCCCUCAGAAGGUGCCCUUUCUCUUGGAUACACUUCAACAUGAAACCCGGCUCCAGAAUUAAGGAUGAAGGAAUACAUCGGGGUUGUUUUUGGCUAUGACUGGACAUCACUACAGAGAGAACUGGAGUUGCCAUACUUUUGUCACACACCAGAUUCAACUCCUCCAACUCCGGGAAGCUACCAUCUUUUAUUUUACUUUCCAGCUUUAAAACAAAAAGGAAAACACAGCCUGAGGUGUUUUCCUCGA